UCAACUGCAUCCCGUCUCAGUGCCACGCGCACCCUCGUUCAGUUUACAGGAUCAUGAUUAGCCGAACAGUGGCGAGGUCACUUCUUGUGGCUUUUGUGGCACAAAGUUUUCUUUGGUCACAUGGCCACGCCGCUCCUGGAGUCAAAGGCGGGUACCGGCGCUACGUGCAGUCAACCACCACCACUGAAAAGCCCUACGAUCACCGCCAGGAACAACAAUCAUCCUCGGGACAAAGCUCUCAGAAUUCACUAGACUUGAAAGAUGACGCGUCGGGCCAGUCGACUGUUCAGCAAACGUCUGGAGGAUAUCAAGGAAAUUUGAUCGGAAAAACUGACGAACAAUCUUUCUCGCAAGGGCAGAUCGAAAAGUUAACUGGUGAAUCUGGAUCUCCAGGACAAACGUACGCCUCACAGAGUGAUAUAGAAAAAUUACUCGGCGUAGACAGUGAAGCGGAGUCUGGAUCAGGAUCUGGGCAUUCUUCGAGUGGCCAAGGGUUGCACGUCGACUACGCCCUUCUAGGUGAAAUCAACACUCUGGAUGCAAAUCACAACACGAACAGCGGUCUAGUACGUGAAGAUCAACUAUCACAGAGUUCCGGUCGUUUCGAAGAUUCUACAUUGGAAGUUCAAACUGGUCAACAUAAUCAGGUAACAGGUUCGCAUUCACAUGGUUCGCAAAGUGAGAAAGUAGCACAUCAUGGAACUGAUCAUAGUUCUCAGGGACAGAUCGAAAAACAUGUACAAAACCAGGCAAACUCACAUGUAGCUCAAGGACAGAUUGACAAGCUGGCCGUUCAAAAUCAAGCUGAAGGCUACGGUUCACAGGGACAGAUUGACAAGCUGGCCGUUCAAAAUCAGGCUGAAGGCUACGGUUCACAGGGACAGAUUGACAAGCUGGCCGUUCAAAAUCAGGCGGAGAGCUACGGUUCACAAGGACAGAUUGACAAACUGGCCGUUCAAAAUCAGGCUGAAGGCUACGGUUCACAAGGACAGAUUGAAAAAUCGGCCGUUCAAAAUCAGGCGGAGAGCUACGGUUCACAAGGACAGAUUGACAAACUGACCGUUCAAAAUCAAGCCGAAGGCUACGGUUCACAGGGACAGAUUGACAAGCUGGCCGUUCAAAAUCAGGCGGAAGGCUACGGUUCACAAGGACAGAUUGACAAGCUUGCCGUUCAAAAUCAAGCUGAAGGCUACGGUUCACAAGGACAGAUUGACAAGCUCCGAUCAAAAUCAGGCUGAAGGCUACGGUUCACAGGGACAGAUUGACAAGCUGGCCGUUCAAAAUCAGGCUGAAGGCUACGGUUCACAGGGACAGAUUGACAAGCUGGCCGUUCAAAAUCAGGCGGAAGGCUACGGUUCACAAGGACAGAUUGACAAGAUAGCUGUUCAAAAUCAGGCUGAAGGCUAUGGUUCACAGGGACAGAUUGACAAGCUGGCCGUUCAAAAUCAGGCUGAAGGCUACGGUUCACAGGGACCGAUUGACAAGCUGGCCGUUCAAAAUCAGGCUGAAGGCUACGGUUCACAGGGACAGAUUGACAAGCUAGCCGUUCAAAAUCAGGCUGAAGGUUACGGUUCACGGGGUCAGAUUGACAAACUGGGCGUACAAACUCAAGCUGAAGGCUACGGCUCGCAGGGAGAAAUUGACAAGCUGAAUGUCCAAAAUCAAGCUUCUUUCGGAUCGCAGGGACAAAUUGGCAAAUUUGGCGAUGAAACAAAAUUGGAGGGCAGUGAAUCUCAUGGUAGUUUUGGAAGCGGCAUAGUUUCUGGAGGAAAUGGAGGAGGAACCAGCGGUAGUGGAGGGACUAGUUCCAUUGGUGGACAAGGCGGGGGAUUUGUAGGAAUAAAUUCCUCCGGAACCCUGAUUGGAAUAGUCUCUGGUGCCACAAAGCCAAACUCUCAUGGCUUUAGAGCUGAUGGCCCAACUGAUGCUCAGACGGCCAGUGGGAUAAGCGGAGUUUCUUCUCAGCAAUUUGGCGUUGGCUUCUCGGGAUCUAAUCCACCACUCAUGUACUUCCCUGGCGAACAAAAGCCCAGCAUUUUCAGCGGAGCUUCCCACAGUAGCUCAGCACACCAAAGUUCGUCUUCACAACAGAGCAGUAGUAGCUCAUCUCAAAGCGGACACAGGUUUGUCGUGGGAGGAAAUCGCUUUGGAAACUUGCACUCAGGUGGAUUACUUGGGCUGUCCCAGGUGUCAAAACCCUCCUUGACAUCUCUCGGAAACUUUGAUAGCCUCGGAAGCGUAAGCGCAGUGCACCAUAGUAGUUCAUCCUCUUCUUCUUCAUCGGCAUCACAAAGCCAUAACAGUGCAUCCCAUCACAGCACAAGUUAUGGUUUCGGUCUUGGCAAUACAAAUAACAAAGACAAAAGUAAACCAGAGAUUGGCCAACUCCAAUUCAAUCGUGAAUACGUAGGGAAUCCUGAAUACCAACAGUCGCAAGGUGGCCUGCUCAAGUCAAUCGGAAAUAACAAGGAAGAUGGUAAAGAGUACCAACAAUCACAAUUUGGUCAACUUCAAUCACCGGCUGGAAGUGUUGAUCAACAGCAACAAUCUCAGUUUGGACAAAUCGAGACAAUCGGGAAACUACCAUCACAGAAUGCAGUUGGAAUAGCCGGACACGAAGGAGGUUAUCAGAAUGAGGGAAGUGGGACGAACCACCACGAAAAGGCACCAAAUCUGCCCGGCGGGAGCGGUCGAGAUUAUGGAGGAGGCGAUUCGUCGUGGCGCCGAAGAUGGAACUCGUUCACGAGUUGGGGAGCAAACUUGGCCGACAAAGUCGCAGGUGGAGCCCGAGAGUUCGGAGGAGCGGUCGCCCACUCAGCGACGGGGCUGUGGAACAAGGCGGGAAACACUUUCCAAGGCGUGUGGUCGCGAUUCAAGAACCUCCUCAAGGGCUUCAGCGACUCCAUCCACAAAGGAGCGACGUACUGCGCGCAUGUUCUUCAGGAGCGAGCGGACGAUGUUCGCAGUUCGCAAUUCAUGCAAAAACUUGAAGACAAAUUCGAGGAAGGCAACCAGCAGGUUAUGGGCUUCUUCACGGUCCUUGGAGACAAGAUCAGCAAAUGGAGCGACCAGCACGCCAACGAAGGCAUCAUCGACGACGGCUUCACUGGCGGCGAUCAGCACGACGCCCGAACACAGCAACUCCAGGACCACUUCAAGCGAGAGGACUUCCCGGACUUCUUCCAAGAUUCGCAGGUACAAGGUGAAAUAGAGAAGUUAGUAGACAGUGGCAUCAUCCAGCAAGAAGAAGCCGAUCUUCUCGUCAAGAAGGGGCGACCAUAAUUAAUUAAAUCACUAAUUCAUCACCUCGUCAAUUUGAUUGAAAUAAAUGAAAACGAAAGUUCGGAACAUCAAGGACAUGUCAACGCGUUAGAUUUGAUUUUGAUUCCGUCUUUUGAGAGCAGGUUAAAAUCGUAAUUUCUUAGACAAAAUUUCACUUGAAACUAAAUUAUUUUAUUUUAUCUUAUUAAAAAGUAUGAAUUUGGUGGAAAAAGAAGUUAAUGCCUAACACAAUUGAUAAAAAUUAAUUAAAAUUCUAAAAUAGGAUAUUUCAUCUACGUUAACAUCAGAGCAUACAAAUGGUACAAACAUAUUACCAACGCACGGGAAGUCGUGAAAAUUUUGUCUACUCAACUCAAUCGUCUAAUACAAUUACAAUUGAUACUUGC